UCCCAUGCUCCUCUCGCAUGUGUUGAAUUCCAAGCAAGAAGAAAUGGAGUUCCUCGCCUCCCUCAUCCUCUCCCUCUCCUUCUCAUCUCUCCUCCUCUCACCACCAGCACAAGCCACCGCUCCAUCUGGCACAAUCAAGAGGACCACGAAGCAGCAAAUCCUUGCGAGCAUCCCUCCAGGCACACAAGAAAACCCAGUUCCCUUCAUCACCUCCCCCUCCGGCAAGUACGCCGCGUACCUCCUCCGCCGGGAGACCGCCCCCGGUGCUGGAGGCUUCGGCAGCGACUUCUGCUACAUCCAGGUUCAGGACACGAGCACCGAGCAGAGCAUGUGGGAGUCGGAGUGCGCCCCCGUGAGCACUGCCAACACCUGCGCCCUCGUGUUCGACGACAACGGGCUGGAGGUCUUCGACGGGAGCAACUCGGCCUGGGCCACGGACGACGCAGAGUCUGCCGAUGAGAAUUUCUUGGAGACUCUGGAGCUGGUGGACGAGGGAGACAUGUGGCUCCGAGACAAGAAAGGAGAGCUGGCAUGGAAGGCAAGCGAGGAGCCGCGUGCCAACCAGGGGUGCGGGCUGCCCGGGUCGCCCGGGCUGGCCCCGGCGAGGCCUCCAUUCGCCGCUCCAAUUGGCGGCGAUGACAACCUUCCUUUCGGGCAGCAGCAGCUGCCGCAGCCGAGCACUCUUUCCACUCAGCAGGCGAAGCCCAUGGCUGGGGUGAGCCAGACCUUCGGGUUCGACAGCAAUCCACUGGCGGACAGCACCCCUUAUGAUAGCGGGUGCUCCAGAGGUGUCCAAUACUGGCUUGGAACGGGAGGGGGUGUACUCCUUGCUCAUCUGGUCUCCGGUCUUGUCUUCUGAAAGGGUACGUGUGUUCUUGUGAUGGUAGGUGCCUCCAAAAGUUGUGUGGCGAGCAAAUGGCUUCCUUCAUAUAGUGCCUUAUUUGUUGUUUCGCUGUAUUCCUUGAGCAAAUGAUUUAAGCUGUCCAUCGAGUAAUGCCAAUAUUAUUCUGAA